CUCUAACUGUGUGUGUGUGUGUGUGUGUGUGUCUGUGUGUGUGCAACACAACGCAGUGAGAGAAAAGGCGAGGAGGAGCUCCAGCACCUCACGCUCAUCCGGGGCAGUUAGACGCACUUGGAUUACCGGCCAGUCAACUGUCACCGCUCAUAACUGCUCCACACCGGCGCGCUCCUCUACCGCGCGCACCGCCGGUCGCUCAUUAAUUCAUCUCAUAAAAAAAGGCAGCAGACACCUGGGCAGUAGCAGCAUUUGAUUGAUUUUUUAUUACUAUGGGUUUUUAUCUCCGUGGAUGCAAAAAAAGAAAAAGUUUUUUUAUUGACGCUGCGUUAAAAAGGAGCUGCGAGUCAGUCUCCUCCGAGGAAGGAAGGAGGGAAGGACACUGAAGCUCCUCAGCAUCUGCUUCUUCUUUAUCUGCUGUUUCUAAAAGCUGUUGAAGUAUAGAGAUUCGCCUGUGAGAGGAAGAUAUGAAGUUACCAGGCUCCCUUUGGAUCCUUUGGUUUCUCCUGUCGUGCAGGGUGGUGGGAGGUGCUGAGUCAAUCUCAGAUCCAUCACUCAGGCCUGGACGCAGCGUGACAGAUGGACAGGACCAGGCGGUGAGCCAGGGUCAAUAUAAAUGUCUUGAGCUGUCCUACAAAGAGCACCAAGAAAACAGAACCGGUAUGUUCUGUGGCCGUAUGUGGGAUGGCUUUUUGUGCUGGGAUGAGACACCGGCCGGGACGUCUGUAACACAAAACUGUCCAGAUCGCCCUGACCUGGACCCAAUUGGAAAAGUGACCAAAUAUUGUGCCGAAUUUGGGAACUGGGUCCAGACUGGGUCCACUUGUCAACCAGCUUCAAAGAAAAAAUCAGAGAAGGACGUCCCCCAUUCUUUAAGGGAUGCUGCCGAAGGGCCGACCACAGAGCCCACAGGGGUUGACACGGACCAAGGCGGUGUUUUGGGAAAAAUUGUCCUCGAGAAUAAAAAGAAAUGCUCUGAGAAAAUGAAGCAAGAUCAACCUCAUAACAAAUCAGGGCUGUACUGCAGUCGUGACUGGGAUGGCUGGCUGUGCUGGGACGACACUCCAGCGGGAACCAUCACAUCCCAAAACUGCCCAAAUUAUUUUGCCGAUUUUGACCCCACAGAAAAGGCAACCAAGUACUGCGGAGAGGACGGUCAGUGGUUUCACCAUCCGGAGUCCAAUAGGAUUUGGACCAACUAUACACUCUGCGUAACCACCCGUGAGAAGAGACUGAGGGAACUGAAAAUGCUUGAGAAUGAAUACACAUGCCUCCUGAAAAUAGAUCGAAACCCACCUUCUAAUAAAUCAGGGCUGCACUGCAGUCGUAACUGGGAUGGCUGGCUGUGCUGGGACGACACUCCAGUGGGAACCAUCGCCUCCCAGAACUGCCCAGAUUAUUUUUUUGACUUUAACCCCACAGAAAAGGCAACUAAGUACUGUGGAGAAGAUGGGCAGUGGUUUCACCAUCCAGAGAGCAAUAAGACUUGGACCAAUUAUACACUCUGUGCUGUCACUAAGGAGAGGUUGAAGGCAGCCGCCCAGCUCUCAAUAGACACGGAGGUGGAGUUUGCUGAUGAGGCCACAGUCGGCCCCAUGGUCAACCCAGAAGGACAGGAUAUUGUGAGGAAGAAAAUCCUCGACAGCCAGUACAAAUGCUUCGAGAAAAUGAAUCGAGAUGCACUUUACAACAAAACAGGGCGGCACUGCAGUCGUAACUGGGAUGGCUGGCUGUGCUGGGACGACACUCCAGCGGGAACUUACACCUCUCAAAACUGCCCCAAUUAUUUCGUCGACUUUGACCCGACAGAAAAGGCCACAAAGUACUGUGGGGAGGACGGGCAGUGGUUUCGCCACCCUGAUACCAACAGGACUUGGUCCAACUACACACUCUGCAAUGAAAACACCCAGGCAAAGUUGAAGUCAGCGUAUAUCCUGUUUUACAUGGCGAUUGUGGGUCACGCUUUAUCCAUAGCCUUUCUUCUCAUCUCUCUGGCCAUCUUCUUCUCCUUCAGGAGUCUGAGCUGCCAAAGGAUCACCCUCCACAAGAACCUCUUCUGGUCCUAUGUGCUCAAUUCAGCCCUCACCAUCAUCUACCUUGUAGGAGUGGUCAAUAAUCCUGAAGUGGUGAGCAGUAACCCGGUUAGCUGCAAGGUGUUACACUUCUUCCACAUGUACAUGCUGGGCUGCAAUUAUUUCUGGAUGCUGUGCGAAGGCAUCUACCUGCACACGCUCAUCGUGGUGGCUGUGUUUGCUGAGGAGCAGCAUCUGCACUGGUACUACCUCCUGGGCUGGGGCUUUCCUCUAGUGCCUGCAUCCAUCCACGCCGUGGCAAGGAAAAAGUAUUUUGAUGACAACUGUUGGAUGAGUGUGGAAACCCAUCUGCUCUACGCGGUCCAUGGUCCUAUAGUGGCAGCGCUUCUUGUGAACCUCUUCUUCUUACUAAAUAUUAUAAGAGUGUUGGUGACCAAGUUGAGGGACACACACCGGGCAGAAUCCAACAUGUACAUGAAGGCAGUGAGAGCCACCCUGAUCCUGGUGCCCCUGCUGGGAAUACAAUUCGUCAUUUUUCCCUGGAGGCCAGAGAACCGUCUAGCUGGGGAGGUCUACGAGUAUCUCAUGCACAUACUCAUGCACUACCACGGAUUACUGGUGGCAACAAUAUUCUGCUUCUUCAAUGGAGAGGUGCAGGCAGCUCUGAAGAGACAGUGGAUGCAGUAUAAAACCCAGUGGGGUCAGAGACGAAAGGACCACUGUUCCAUGCGCUCCACAUCCUACACAGCCACCUCCAUCACCGAGGAACCCGCCUCCAUGUACCACCAUGACUGUAACAGCGAACACUUGAACGGGCGCCACACUGGGGACCCUGAACGGGAGGCACUAAAAUCAGGAGAGACGUACGCUUGAGCCACACCGGAGGAUAAAGAGUGUCGCGGUGGGGACGGACGAAGAAGAGCAACUGAGCGUUGUACAGUAUGAAAUGAAAAUCCGGUUUGCCCACCAUGUUUCAGUGAUUAUAUCUUAGAGGCUGAUGUUGGUUUGUUCAGCCCAGGACGACGAUACGGGUCCGGAAAUAAAGAGCUCUUUGGGACGGAGAUGGAUAAGCUACAAGGCUGACACUUCAUUUUACUUUACGUUGCUGUCGCGGCUGUUUUCUGAGAACUUUGAUGUCAAAACAAGAGCUGCUUUUGACAUGUGUCACUUCCUAAAGCUGCUAAAAACUGUGAGAGCAGGCUCACAGUGUGACGGAGGUCUGGUGUGGAGACGGAAAUAACUGUGACUGUGAUGAAGGCGGCGAUGCUUUCUGUUCGAGACGAUGGCGCUGAAUGUGACAGAGAGGAUGAUAUUGGUUCUGAUUGACGUGAGGUGGAGGUGAAGUCGUGAUUUUUAAGGUGAAGUAGAAGAAACAAUCUUUCCUAACCUCACCUAUACCAAAGGGUACUGUUUGUUGGUCCCACCUAUGAAGGGGCGUACCAUGUCCAGCUGAGUACAGAUGUGGUACCCUGAAGCUAAAGACACACACCAACAAACCUGAUCGUAUACGUGCCAUGAUAGAGGUCAAAUUUCAAAAGACCCUCUGUGCUUGAAGCUCCGGAAUUGUGUACAUAAUGUAUGUUCACCACGUUUCAUUUGAAAAAAAGAUGUGUUCAAAUGUUUUAAAAAGGAUUUUAUUUUUGUUUUCUAUUAAUAUUUUAUUCUUGCCAAUUCCUAAGUGUGUGUGUGUCCUGUGAUGCUGCACUACCAACUGCUUUGUUGUUUUUUGCAGUCGCUGUAUUUGUGCCGAUGCCGAAACAUCACAGGGCUAAAGAAGCAAAAAGAAGCUAAAUGCGCAAAAAAUAUAUAUAUAUAUAUGAAUAAAAAAGACUUUAUUUUGAGGUUGAACAGCCACAAGAGUUGUUUAACUGCAUAUAUGAAUCAAGUAUCAUUUGUGCCAAUGAUUCUGACAAACGAGUGGUUUCUCUGCAGUGUGGAAGCUGCACAGAUUUUCAUCCUUUGUCAUGCUCACGAUGCCUUUAAUCAAUCUCCUUUUUCUUUUUCUUUUUUUUUUGGAAAAAGUGAUAUUCUGUUGUCCAUGCAUAUUUAUUCAUGAAUUUUGUAGCAUUUUGUAUGAAUACGCAUCCAGGGCAAAGGAAAGGCUCGCUAAAGAUGAAAUGAUAAGAAGAUCACAUCCAUACUAGAGUCAACAAAUUCAUAUCACAAUCUUGCGCAGACAGCAAAACAUGAAUAAUCAACUCUUUGUCCUAAAUAUGGUCAUAUUACUCUAUGGUGAUUUUAUUGCUGCUUACUCAUAUCUGUGCUAUAGGAUUUUGGAAAGAUGAAAGUUAAGAGUUUUGAUGGCCAUAGUGCAUUUAAGUGUGAAUACAAACAAUAGACCACACUGACUGAGUCUGCUUUGUAUCAGGAGUAGGGUUGUAACGGCAUACCGGUGUCAAGGUGUACUGCGGUAUUAAAAUUGAUGGUUAUCAUACCGUGUUCUUUUGGUUAUCUACAAUAUUGAAAAACCUGACAUAAGUAUCUGUGAGUUAAAGGUACAGGCAGGAGCCGUCUGGCUGCUCCGUCGCACAACUACAGUAAGUGUUAUUUGUUAAUAAUCAUAGGACAUCAUUUUAAAAGCUCACAGCUGUUGUUAUUUUUUUUCAUUUAGUAGUUAAUUUAACAUGCUACAGUGCUGCUAACAUGUAAACUAACAUGCUUCAGUUAUAUAACAUGCUAUAGUUACAUGCUAUUUUUUCGGUUUAUUAUAUUCAGUAUAGAAUUUUGUUGUCAUUCCUUUAAGGGUCAUUGAAACAGAAUAAGAAUAAUAGUGUAAUACUGUACACCAUGAUACCUUAAAACUGUGAUAUUUUCUGAGAUGGUUAUUGUACCGUGAAAAUCUCAUACCGUUACAAUCCAAAUCAGGAGCCACCGUUUUAAAUUUUUUUUUUGAAACUUGGAUGAAUUCUGUGUCUGUAAAAGUUACUUAAAACCCAAAUGAGCUACCUAAACUGCAUAUCUAAUAGAAGACAUUUGAAUUCAGGCAAGGAAAAACAUUUAUCAUCCUGGAGCGUAUAGCCAAUAAAGCCUGUAGCUGGCUCAGACUGCUGUGAUUAGAUUGUUGCCACUCCCUGUUUACGUGUCGGGGAAGAAAGGUCAAAGAACUAAAAUGUAAAUUGUAAAGAAGGAGCAUCUUUAAGGAUAAGGCUGGGGGAUAUUCUAUAUUUCUGUUAUUGUAAGCAAACCCCAUGAAAAG